AUGGCCGGACGCGCGACCUGGGUAAACAACGACGCAGAACUGAUGGGCGAUGACAUUGUGGGCAAGUUCCUUUCGCAGCAGCCGCAGAACCAUUCGAGCCCGACGACGGGAGACCAGUUACGGCGCUUUACUCAUAGCCAAGAGAAUCUACGAAAUCCCCGUCGUCUCGGCUGUGGGAACCAUGGCGUAGUGGUUCUAGUAGAGAUUAAAGGCGGUUUAUAUGCUCUCAAAGUGUUCAAGAGCUGGAAACAAGUCGGUCCUGUCAUCUACCCAUUCGAGCACGCUGUUUACAUGUCACCACUUGCCAAAGAAAGCCAAGCAUUCGCACGACUCGACGCGCUUGGCGAGAAUGUGUCGUCGGAGACGUCUUCGAUACUCGCGACCUAA